UCCACCAUAAAAACUGAAAACAAUGUUAGCUACUGAGAGGAAAGGCUUAAUUUAGCCUUUCAUUUAUCUCCAAAAAAUCCAAUGAUAACGAUGACUUUCCCCAAUCUGAAUUGGUAUCCGAACUGCAUGAACUGACCGUGAAAGGAAAGAACAGAUAAGGGUCAGUUUCGUCUUUCCAGUUAUUGGACGGCGCGGACAAUAACAGAACCAAGGUUUCCCCGAAAAAAAGAAAAAAGAAAAUCUUCGGUUUUUUCUUCCUCGAACAUCCUCGGUGUCAAUGGAAAUCAAUUCUCUAUCACUCCCCUCUUGCCGUAUGCCUAUUCUGCUAAAGGACUCUCACAGCGGUUCCCCUCAGCAACAAAACAAGUUAAUCUGGUGGCAGAAUGAAAAAGGAGUAAUUGGUGGUAAGGACAACAGUGUAGAUUGCUCUUCAUUGGCUCAAAACUCUAGUAGGAAAAGAAUGAUUCAUCAAUCUGAUGGGAGUCUUCAUGAUAUAAAAGUUGAAGGUUAUAUGCCAAAACAGACCUCAUUGUGUGUUUCGAUGCUAUAUUACACGGAGAAUGGCUUCUUUCCUCAAGCACAGACUUUAUGGGAGCAGCUCGUAAAUAGCUCUUUUGUUCCUUCUGUUCAGUUCAUUUCAAGAUUAUUUGAUGCUUAUGCAAAGCAUAGGAAAUUCGAUGUGGUGAUCGAUAUUCUACGUUAUGUGGAUAUGAGGAAUUUCAGUAUUUUACCAGAUGUCUACUGGUUGGCUAUAUCUUGUUUUGGAAGAGAAGGACAGCUUGAAUUGAUGGAGGAUAUGGCUAAUGAAAUGGCUUCAAGUGGUGUCCAUAUCUAUUCUAGAACUGCCAAUGCUUUCCUUUUGUAUUAUAGUCUUUUUGGUACUUUGGAAGAGAUGGAGAACACGUAUGGCCGCCUUAAGAAAUCUAGAUUUCUAAUAGAGAAGGAAGUGAUUCGGGCCGUGGCCUCUGCGUAUAUAAAGGAGAGAAAAUUCUAUGAAUUGGGUGAGUUCCUAAGAGAUGUGGGUCUACGUAGAAAAAAUGUGGGAAACCUUUUAUGGAACCUUAUGUUACUUUCUUAUGCUGCCAAUUUCAAGAUGAAAAGCUUGCAACGAGAAUUUAUUGGAAUGGUUGAAUCCGGGUUCCGUCCUGAUAUUACGACCUUUAAUAUCCGUGCUCUGGCCUUCUCAAGGAUGGCUUUGUUCUGGGACCUCCACCUUAGCAUUGAACAUAUGGAACAUACGAAGAUCAUUCCUGAUCUAGUGACUUUUGGGUGUGUAGUUGAUGCAUACUUGGAUAGAAGGCUUGGAAGAAACCUGGACUUUGCUCUAAACAAAAUGAAUUUGGAUGAUUCUCCGCGAUUAUUAACAGAUCCUUUUGUGUAUGAGGCCUUAGGUAAAGGGGGCUUUCAAAUGAGUUCCGAAGCAUUUUUUGAGUACAAGACGCAAAGGAAAUGGACUUACCGUUCUUUGAUACAAAAGUAUCUCAAGAAACAUUAUCGAAAGAACCAGAUAUUUUGGAACUACUAACUAAUUGUGGGGUAUUUAGGUCCAUUCAAAUUCUUACCAGGUAGUUAAUUGGAAUACUCUUUUACUGAAUUGCUAGCAAAACGGUGCUGCAAUUGAGGAUUUGAAUCUUACAUGUAGACCUUGGUUCCAUACAGACAUUCACUCUGUAGUUAACUUGAAACAGACUUCUACUUAUGGAGUUAUGGUGGAUGCACUUGAGGGUUAAGUGCCAAGGUAGAAACUUCCUAAACAUUGUGUUAAAAAGAAUAUUAUGAUGCAUAUUUGAUGUUGAAUACUUGAAUGGAACAUCAGAUGCAUCCUUUCUUGCUCAGAGAAACCGAAACUUGGUAUGAAAUAUUCAUUGCUUAACCAUAUGUACAUUUUCAAUGUAAGCAACUCUUAUCAAUACAAGCUUGCUUAGUUCGCCCAUGAA